AUGGGAUAUUUGAAUUCUGUGUUGACAUCUUCGAGUCAGGUUCACGCUGAUGAUGGACCUGUUAGUGGCGGCGGCCUCAGUCAGAAUGGGAAGUUCAGUUAUGGAUACGCAAGCUCUCCUGGUAAAAGAUCUUCCAUGGAGGACUUUUAUGAGACUCGGAUCGAUGGCGUUCAUGGCGAAAUCGUUGGUCUUUUUGGUGUCUUUGAUGGGCAUGGAGGUGCGCGUGCUGCUGAAUAUGUGAAGCAAAAUUUAUUCAGUAACCUGAUCAGGCAUCCGAAGUUUAUCUCUGACACUACUGCAGCAAUAGCUGAUGCGUACAGCCAAACAGACUCAGAGUUUCUUAAGUCAGAAAAUAGUCAGAACAGAGAUGCUGGUUCAACGGCCUCAACAGCCAUCUUGGUUGGUGACCGUUUACUUGUUGCAAAUGUAGGGGACUCUAGAGCUGUCAUAUGCAGAGGUGGCAAUGCUAUUGCUGUAUCCCGAGAUCACAAGCCUGACCAAAGUGAUGAGCGCCAAAGAAUUGAAGAUGCGGGAGGAUUUGUCAUGUGGGCUGGUAAGAAAACGUUUAAGGAAACCUUUCUUAUUACAUACGUUUAUAUCGUCUACUUAAUUGGUGUAAUGCUAAAAGGAACAUGGAGAGUUGGAGGAGUUCUUGCUGUUUCUCGUGCAUUUGGCGAUAGGUUAUUGAAGCAGUACGUUGUUGCUGAUCCGGAGAUACAGGAGGAAAAAGUUGAUAGCUCUCUCGAGUUUCUCAUUCUUGCAAGUGAUGGUCUCUGGGAUGUUGUAUCUAAUGAGGAAGCCGUAGGCAUGGUCAAGACGAUAGAAGAUCCUGAGGAAGGUGCAAAGAGACUGAUGAUGGAAGCUUACCAAAGAGGAAGUGCAGACAACAUAACUUGUGUCGUCGUACGAUUCUUUUCUGACCAGACAGGAGCAGUAGGUACCAGCAGCAACAGUAUUCCAAUCGAUCAUGGUAUUGUACAAGACAGAAGCUCCAGUGACCCAUCAACCUAGUUCUAAUAUUGGUAACGUACCUUUGGGUUUCUCAAUUUCAAAAUUCACCCAAAGAAACAGAUGAAUGUGGAAGGUUAUAUAUUGUUUUAAAAAGGUCGAGGAUAUAGACAAAACUACUUUGCACGAACGUGUUUUUUUCUUGUCUCGUGUCACUUUUGUUUGUUGUUAUACAUUGGGUACUUGGCUAUGUAAAGAAACAUCGAACAUAUCUGUGGAUUUGAGUUUCAUCUCCAGAAACGUUACUUA